CUUCACACCCACUGUCUCACAGGUAAUGGGUGCAGCCAACCAACCAGCAGGACUUAGUUUAACACUUGUGACUAAAAGGUCAACUCACACCGCAACCAGGAUGAUAUCAUCUGACGGCUGGCAACCAUUCUAAAGGGGGAUGACUGCUAAUAUAAACUAAGAAAAGCCUUAAGAAAGAAAAUUUGAAGAAAAGGCUCCACCUGGAAGUCUUAACGCUCUUGUACUCUGACCUCACCUGGCUUAUCUCUUAGGCAUAAGAAGACUUUCACCGGCGACACACCUGGAGAGCUCUGCAAUGCAAGAGGGAGUUUACACUGGGACGGAUUAACAAAAAAAAAAAAAAAAGAGGGGGGGGUUUAAUGUCUGAGGGCUGACAAGACUCACCUAAGUAGCAGCAUAGACAAAGACUGUACAAUCAAGUCUUCCCUGUAACAGUUGAACAAGCCCCAUCAUGUCAGGGAAGAGUUUGUCGGGGUGUGCAGGUAGACGCUGUCUAGUUUCCUGACAGAGACGUGUGUGCAUGUGAGGGAUUCAAAUAUCCUGUAUUUGCUCAGCGAGACAGAUGGCAUUAUGUGUUUAAGCUUCACCACUUCCUAAGGAUUCAUUGUCAAACAAAAGAGAAUACAAAAGGAUACAAAGACUUUUGAGGAUACAUAAAAACAUUUGAGCCUAUUUCAACCAAAUCUGCCAAGAUGCCACUUAGAACAUCGUUGUACAGAAAGCCAUCCUCUGGUCGUUGGUCCAGCAGGAAUUCCAAACGCAGGGAGGUGCUGUCUGUAAAUAUGAUUAGUUUACCACUGGCCGAUUUCCGCCACAUCUCACAUAUUGGCAACGAUGCCGAUACGGACAGCUUUGGAGAUCUGUCCUUCUUAAAAAUGGACCACGGUCUGCUUCUACAAAGCUCCCAGAGCGAGCAGAAUCUCUUCCUGGCCUGCUCGGCGCCACCCAAGCCUCCGCGUCUAAACCUGGAUGAGGCAGACGGUUCUGAGAGCCCCGACUGGCACCGAAACCACCAGCACAGCGUGUCCCAGAAGAGAAAGAAAUGUAGCUCUAUGCCACUUCUGGACAGCGAGGAAGGAGACAUAGAGAUGGAAAAGGAGGAUGGGUGCCAAAGAGGGAAUAUCGUUGCUUCCAGUCAGACUCACAGACCUGGAUGGGGCAGCCUGAGCUCAGACAAGGAUGGAGACUCCGGGGACACCUGUGAUAAAAGUGCUGGACAGCCAAAGGAUGAGGACAGUGGCUUUUCAUUUAGCCUCGACCUGGGCCCUUCAAUCUUGGAUGAUGUUCUCCAGGUGAUGGACAAACUCCACAAUUAGACAAGAUAGCAGCCAAGGGUUGCAGGAAGCCUUUACUAAAAGUCUGGAAUAUGGAGAACUCGAACUGUUCUGUAUGACACACUUCUCCUCAAGUAAUGGUUAUUGUUCAAAUAAACUGUAGAUAUCUUAUUUUAUGAUGCCUGGGCAUCUAGUAGUAAUAUACACACUUUGGAGAGAACUUUUAAUGGAGGUUAAGUAUUACACUGAAAAGACUGUCUUUUAUCAGUAUUUCAGUAAAACAUGCUACGUACUUUUUGAAUCACACAUCACAGCAGAUUUGUAGGGUAAGGAGCUUACUCUUUUAUAUAGCACCAGAUAUUGUGUCUACAGUACACUGGGGUCCAUAGCAUUUGUAAAAAGUAAAAAUAAUCUCUUGUUUGAAAGUUAAUGUUCUCCUUAGAUUGACCCCUUGUAGAAGUCAAUCCAAUGUUUAAAUUAAUAAUUGGACAAACUGAUGUCAAACCCCAAGCUGGACAUUUCUUCUUUUACUUCCCUCCUUUGCUAAUGUAAUCCCCCAAACCACACGCCACAGCACUGAAGACGGCUGUUAAGACUUAAGAGUGUUGUGUUUAAGAAAAGAAAAGCUGCAGCUGGAAUCCAAGGUCCUCGAGCUGCGAUGUCUUGGCUCUUAGCGUGCUUGCCAAUCUAUUGUGUGCAGAGGGCAAUUUUGCCUCCGCACGCAUCCCAGAGGCCCCACUCAAAGGUAGACCAAGGUACCCCCCAUCUCUCAUUCCCAACAAUGCAGUGAAAACAAACACUUAGCUCUGCUUCCAAUAAAAGCCCGCCAGUAGUGGCAGGUUGGGCUGCAGACCAAGCCAGGCCACAGGUCCAA